AUGAAGUUUACAGCCAUUCUGUGUGUUACUAUAUGUAUAUUUGGAGUGAUAUGUGCUUUGGAAAGAAACAAAACAAAUAGUGAAUAUAAUAAUGAUUUCGACGAAAGGAACAUUUCAGCAAGUAAUAUUGAGGCGCUAAAGGAUCUUCUAAUGAGAGAUAUAGAAGAAGAAUUCAAAAACGAUUUCUUGAUUCAAACAAAUACAAACAUCAGUGACAUGAUUGACGAAGAUGACUGGGAUAUGGAAACAGGGGAAACAACUGUAAACGCUACAGUUUUAAUGCAGAAUGAAAGUAUUAGCAAUUCAAGCAUAGAACUGGGAAACCAACACCUACUCUAUGGGAACCUGUCCGUACUUUUAGAAGAGGCAGCGAGCACCAUAGAAGAGAAAUCAGUUAUAAACGCGAAUGAAAGUAAGAGCAAAGAAAUUACAGGUAUUGGAAACCAGCAACUGCAUGAGGAUUUUACAGAAACGAUGAACACCACUUUAAACAAUACAGGAGUCAGACGGAAUAAUUCCAACACACCAAGUGAGGAGAAACUAGAUGUAACAACUAGGAAGCCAUUAUGGUCAGAGUUGUUAGAUGACGUUACUGUCGAGGAAAUAUUUAUAGAAAUUACAGCUAAACCAAAACGUUCGAGUAAAACAUCCACCACUACAGAAACAACAAACCAAAGGUUCACAGAAAUGGAUGAAGACUUAAGCCAUUACAUCAAAGACAACUUACAACAUGGAAAUCUUGUUUCUCACACAACAAUGAAACCAAGCAACGACCAAAGCUAUAUUACAGAGUAUUUUAAAGGCGGUCUCCAAUCAACCACUGCAUACCCUAGACCAAGCAAUCCUUGGGAAGAUAAAUUACAAUUUGUUCCUGUAGCUAAAGAGUUAACAACACAGAACCCAAAAGCACGUACCAAAUCCGUUAAACAUCAAAAUAUCAAGGGAGGUAAAGCAAGAUCAAGAAAAGUUUAUGUCUACGAGACAGACAAAGACGAUGAUUUGAUGGUGGCUAACAAGGAAGAAGAUGAAUAUAUUCUUGUGAAGUAUAACAGUGGGACCGUACGGGUUAAACGUUCAUUUGAAGACUACAGUGGUUCAGGAUCAGGAUCGGGAGCAUUAAAAAUCAUUUUAUAUUAG